UCGGGUUUACAUAGACAAUGCUAGUUCUUUCAGCGACUACUCCAUCUCUCACGUUUCAUUGAAAUGGCGGAGACCACAGACAGAAUGGAGGUUUCACAGGGGGAAGUCUCCGCGAAACCGUCCGCCGAAGACAUGACUUCAAAGGACUACUACUUUGACUCAUACGCCCACUUCGGCAUCCACGAGGAGAUGCUGAAAGAUGAGGUUCGAACCCUGACCUACAGGAAUUCCAUGUUCCACAAUAAGCACUUGUUCAAAGAUAAGGUGGUGCUGGAUGUGGGCAGUGGAACUGGUAUCCUGUGCAUGUUCGCUGCCAAGGCCGGAGCCAAGAUGGUUAUUGGGAUUGAGUGCAGCAGCAUUAGUGACUAUUCCCAGAAGAUUGUGAAGGCAAAUAAGCUUGAUCACGUUGUGACCAUCAUCAAGGGUAAAGUGGAGGAGGUGGAGCUUCCCGUGGACAAAGUCGACAUCAUCAUCUCAGAGUGGAUGGGCUACUGCCUCUUCUACGAGUCCAUGCUGAACACUGUCAUCUAUGCCCGCGACAAGUGGCUGAAACCAGAUGGACUCAUCUUCCCUGACCGAGCCACCCUGUACGUCACAGCCAUUGAAGACAGGCAGUACAAGGACUACAAAAUCCACUCUAAUCGUUUUUCAGGGUGGGAGAAUGUCUAUGGAUUCGAUAUGUCCUGCAUCAAGGAGGUGGCCAUCAAGGAGCCCCUGGUGGACGUGGUGGACCCCAAGCAGCUGGUCAGCAGCUCCUGCCUCAUCAAGGAGGUGGACAUCUACACGGUGAAGGCUGAAGACCUGACCUUCACCUCGCCCUUCUGCCUCCAGGUCAAGCGCAACGACUACAUCCACGCCCUAGUCACCUACUUCAACAUUGAGUUCACGCGGUGCCACAAGCGCACUGGAUUCUCCACCAGUCCAGAGUCUCCGUACACUCACUGGAAGCAGACAGUGUUCUACCUGGACGACUACCUCACAGUGAAGACUGGGGAGGAGAUCUUUGGUACCAUCAGCAUGAAGCCCAAUGUUAAAAACAACCGAGACCUUGACUUCACUGUAGACAUCGACUUCAAAGGUCAGCUCUGUGAGGUGUCGAAGACCUCAGAGUACCGAAUGCGUUAACCCAUCCCUCCCCAAAGGAACCUUCCAUGUGUGUGCGUGUGUGUCUGUCCGUUAGGGGUAUACCGAGGGGGUCCAUACUUGUGUGCGGGUGUGUGUAAUUGACCUCAUCUUCGGCCUGUGCUGUGAUGCGUUCUUGCUAGCAACAUUUUAAAACUUUCUGUCUUGCUUUGUGGAAUAUUUGUUCACACUAUAGGCUUUUUUUAUACAUUUGGUUUGUAUAGAAGAUGGUGUACGGAGGGGACUUUUGUUGUGCAAUAGUUGGUCAGAACAUGUUUUUGUGGUUUUUGUUUUGUUUUUUUGUUUUGUAUUUUACUCGUCCUAGCAUACGGUCUUUUAACCACACACUCGCACACAGACCCCUCUCUUGCCUGUACAUAAUGUUCCAAGAUUAAGUCACUUUGAUUUCCAUUGUGAAUGUUUCGUCAUGGUAACAUCAGCAUCUUGUGCUGUUAAUUCUUUUUUUCCCCUCCCUUUUUUUAUGGUUUCAAAGAGAUGCCUCCUGUGACGCUCGUGAAACCCCCGUUAGCCAAUCCAGCAUAUCUGUGUUUGUUACAAGGGGGAAAUAUUCAAGAUAACUAUUUAGGCUUAUAUUUUCAUUUUGUGUUUUUUUUUUUUUUUUCUUGACAACGAGGACUCUACUCUUUGUCUGUAAAUUUGUACGGUCCUUCUGUAUGGCAGGGGUCAUUGUUGAAGGAGCACUCUCCCACCUCUUGAGCGCUGUGAAGCACUUGACAGGAGACGUGUCUUCAUUCUGGCCAAAGUGUGUCGUGGGCAACACCGCUCCCUCUGGUGGAAUGAAGUGGUCUGGUCCGUUGAUGUUUGUGGUAUGUUCGCUCGAGGGGGAGUAUGAUUAACAGGAUGUUUUGUUUUCUUUUUCGUUUUACCCUCACUGCUUUUUUAAUAAAAAAGAUACUAUUAAACUGGA